ACCGUCUCUUGGUAAAGCCAAAAGCCUACGUGACCUACAGCGACUGUGACCCGCUGACCUCCGGGAGAAUAGACGAACCCGACCAGAUUCUGCCCUACUUGGUGGUCCACAAGAUCUCCCACGUGCCCGGCAUGGCCGGACUCUUCGCUGCAGCCGUCUACAGUGGCAUGCUUAGCUCUUCGUCAACAGUCGCGAAUUCUUCAGCUUCUCUGAUCUGGCAAGAUUUCCUGAGUGAAAUGAAAUUCUUUAAAGGAUUUUCGAAUAUAAUGGCAACUAGGAUGCUUAAGUUUCUCUCUGCUGUGAUUGGAGUGUCAGCCAUCGGCUUUGCGAUGCUUGUGGAGCAGCUCGGAAGCAUCGUAGCGGUGACAAACAGCAUCUUGAACGCCAUUGGUGGGUCCAUGACGGGUAUUUUCAUUGCUGGCAUGUUUGCCCCUUGGGUCAAUAUGAAGGGGGCAUAUGCAGGGUUCAUCACGGCGUUAUCCUUCAACAUGUGGCUCCUGAUUGGGCAGUUCAGCACCGGUCGCGGACAACCAGAGAUGCUUCCCUUAUCAACCGAAGGCUGCCCAGAAAGUCUGUACCAGAUUAAUUCGUCUUCAGUGCUUUUACUUGAUUCCCCAACAGCAAAUGUGUCAUAUUCAGCUCAAAUGUCAGAAUAUGAACUGCAUAAAGAGGAAACGGAGAAAAAUAUCUAUGAUUUGAGUUACUGCUAUACAGGAGUCAUUGGAUUGACUAUAUACUACAUAGUGGCCUCGUUCAUCUCUUUCCUGACAGGUCCCCUAAGUCCCUCUGCCGUCGACGCUCAACUGAUUCAACCCAGGUGUUUGGAACUAUACAAGCGCCUCUGGGGUUUCUUCAAAGAUUCUUCUUCCGAAGAAAAUGGAAGUGUCCAAAGCAAUAACUUCGGCUUCAUUGAAACUAAGGUCGAAAUUGGACUCCAAAUAGCGUCUAGCAUCUCUAAGUAAACAUUCUUCAACAUCUCAAAUAGAAAAAGAUAUUUUAUUUGUAAGGGUAUGUUUAUGCAUUAAUCCUUUUUUCAGACAUAUAUCCAGCGAAUGUAAU